GGAAAGGGGAAGUUAGUGAGCUGAGGGUGACAGGAAGCGGUUUGUUCCAGUAUCAAACAAACCCUGAAGUUCCAACGAAAAACUGAACAGACUCACUUAUAUCUGCUCUGGCCGCCGAGAGGAGUAUUAUAUACAUUUACCCAGCGCUCCUGUGGGAUUUAUAAGAUACAAAGCUGGCCCCUCCACUACCCGUCACCAUGCCUGCUCUACUGGAGAGACCCAAACUGUCCAAUGCGAUGGCCAGAGCUCUGCACAAACACAUCAUGAGGGAGAGGGAGAGAAAAAGACAAGAGGAGGAGGAAGUGGAUAAGAUGAUGGAGCAGAAGAUGAAAGAGGAAGAAGAGAGGAAAAGAACAAAAGAGAUGGAGGAAAGAAUGUCCUUAGAGGAGACUAAAGAGCAGGUUCAGAAAAUGGGGCAGAAACUGCAGGGUUUGCAGGAGGAAAAGCACCAGCUAUUUCUACAACUUAAAAAAGUCCUCCAUGAAGAAGAGAAGAGGCGGAGAAAGGAGCAAAGUGAUAUUACUACACUGACCUCAGCAAGUUACCAGCCUAGUAUACCCCUGCACUCAGGGCAGCACCUACUCAGCCUACAAGGCAGUCCUGUUAGUCACAGUAGACCUGGAGGUCUUUUAGCAGAACGUGGAAAACAGUUGUUUCAGACACCUGGCAUUCCUGGUCGUCACUUCCCUGGUCAGCCUAGUUUCACUCAAGGCUCCUCUGAGCAUGGACAGUUUUCAGGAAGCCCUGCAGUACACGAGUCCUAUGCUGUCACACAGACUCAGCACCCUUCCACCUACGGCCCAGGAGCAUCGGUUCCCAUCAGCUUUUCUAGCAGUUCACAGAUCAGAGGUGCAUCAGCUUUCCAGACCAUGCCGUACCUGUCCCACCAGCCACAGGGCUAUGCUGUCCACAGCCACUUCACUUCACAGCCAGGCUUCAUCCCCACUGCUACCAUCCCUCUUCAGAAGCAGUUGGAACAUGCUAAUCAACAGUCUGGCUUCACUGACUCGGGUGCUCUGAGGCCCAUGCACCCACAGGCUAUACAUGUUAGCGCUGCAGGACUUCUGCCCACACCUUCAAUGACAGUACAGAUCCCCACAGCAAAGGCCCCCUUUCAGAGCUCUCCUCAGCCAGCUCCUCGACAUGCUUUCCUCUCCCACCCUCAAGCUGGACAGAGAUUUUAUCACCAUAGCAAGUAACCAAACAUUUGAUGACAACCAAAACAUGUAAAGAUUUUGUAAAUGUGGCAAGUGAUCAGUUACAAACAACUUUUGAAAGAUUUUAUGAUAUUUUCACUGACUUAUUCAGAAUCAGUCAUUACUGUUUUCUAAGAAGGCAACAGCAUAUUAGUGAUUCUUAAAUUUGCUGUAAAUUACAAAUUUACAUUGACACAUUUACGGCAUUAAAACUCAAGUAUAAGGCCAAGCUAUCUUUUUAGACAAAGAUAUUUUCUCUUUUGGCUUUUUGAUUAAAAAAAUAUAAUAAAAAUUAGUAAUGUGCAUUUUGUUUGUUCUGUACUAUUUGUACUUCUGUACUUAUUUUUUCCUUUAAUGUAUAUAUUUUUUGAUGAUUGUUGAAAAGACAUAAUUAAGACCUUUGUUUCAAUAUGAUGAAAUAUUUGUUUUCAGUUUACAACAAAGUAAACAAAAUACACCAAUCAGCCAUAAUAUUAGCACCACCUGCCUAAUAUUGAGUAUGUCUACAAGGUCUGAAAGUGUUUUGUGGUAUCCGACACAAAGAUGUUAACAGUAGAUCCUUUAACUUCUGUAAUCUGUAAGGUGGGGCCUACAAGGUUUGCAAAAAUGAGCCUUGGGUGUUCUUAAUCCUGUCCUCAGUUCACUGGCUGUCCUUUUCACUGGACUAUUUUUGGUCUGUACUGACCACUGCAUACCAAAAACCCUACAAGACCUGUCCACUGUUUUGGAGAUAAUCUGACCUUGGUCAACCAGCCAUCACAGUGUCUCACAUCCUCAUGAUUUACCUAGUCUUUCUGUUUUUAACAAUUACACAUACAGUUUCGACUGUUCACUCAAUGCAUAAUAUAUCCCAGCUCUUUCCUGAUGCCACAGGAUAUUAAAAUAGUCAUUGUUCUUCACUUCACCUGUUAGUGGUGCUAAUAUUAUGGCUAAAUGCUGUAAAUUAAAAUGGUUCCUGAGUGGAUUUUUUUUUAUAUAAACGUCGAAUUUGAGUAAUACAGACUUCUUUAAAAUAUGGGAAGAUUGCCAAGAUAGAUAAAUAAAUAACUGUUUAUUGCCUUUGCAAUAUAUGUUCAUGGGUACAUUGCAGUUGCUCUUACCCGUUAUUAAAGUUAUUUGAGAAGAGUCAGUGCUUUUUCUUUAGUCUUGUAGACAAUAACUCGUGGUCAAUUGACAGGUGAGUUGAGCCAGAUGCGUUUGUGUGGGAAAAGCACAAAACUGUGCUGAAAAACAGCUGUCCAGGAGCAAGAUUUGCCACCUAUGCAGUAACACUUGGUGUUAUUUGACCAACUAUUGCUUGAUUAGUUGUCAGGCUCACAAUUACUAGCACUUUUGAUUACAUUUUUAGAACCAACACUGAGCAAAUUCUGAGCCCACUCCUACAUUCAGAUCCACGGAUCUCAAAGGACCAGAUACAGUAAGCUUUCUAAUUUUCUAUGCAGGUUUUGAGGCUUUAUACGAUGAACAAAACUUAAGUGCACCCUUGUGAAAAAACUAAUUACCUUAUUCAGAUGUGUUGGGAGCUGAAACACACCCAAACAUACAUAGUUCAGGUUAUUCCAUGUGACUAGUAAAAAUGAUAGUUUUAUUCUAUACAAUUACAUGUUUAUUUAAUGAAUCCACGUAUAUGCACUGGCACCAUUUUUGCAUUUGUUGAUUGUUCUUUGAAGGUUUUCUUCUAUAGAAAUCCUACAAGACAUUAAUUAGCUCAAAAUGCAGCUGCAAUCAUUUUUUUUCUUCAUCUGUUGUCUACAAAUUUUCCAAAUUCUUGAGAUUACAGAAUUGGAGGUAUAGAUGGCGUUGACAAAUUUACUGUUGUUAUUACACUGAUGUGCCAAAAUCCAUAGAAAAGUAUCUAGUAUCAUGUCCCAUAGCUUGUAAUAUGUCACAUGGAAAGCCUUCUGCAUUUUUCACCAUAGGUAUCCACAUGCAGUUAUUUUCCUUUUUUCACAAAAGAAAAAUGGUUUCCUUAAGAAUAAAUAGAUCCCAAUAAUUUCCUUGAAUGACUGAACAGAUGUAACUGCUUGAUUUUAUUUAAGACUCUGCCAUAGCUACAGUUUCAAAAGAAGAAAUGUUACUCAAUAAAAAAAAACAGUUUUAAAUACAGCUCUUUUUAAUUUAAUACAGAAUAUUUGCUUGUUUCCAUCAAGGGCUUCAAUAAUUCUAAACAAUGACAGCAUGUAGCUGUGCUGCACCGAUGAAUCCCCCUCAGACACUAAAAACAAAAAGGCAAGGUUCAUGUGCUCUUUUUAAUGUUGGGCUGAGGGAUUCUCUUGGUUUUAUACAAAUUGUUUAUCACAGUCAUGGAACAAACAGAUGUUUUGCUCAUAUAUGAAAGUGAAAUGAGAAAUGGUUUUGACACCAUGCUCAAUAUCUGAGCCUACCAAACAAUAAAAUAAAAUGAAUUCAAAGUGUAACCUUUGUCAGUACAGUCUCAUUUGACCGACAGUCUACGUGGCUGGGAUGUAAAUGUAUGACAAUGAUGGGAUGUCAUUUCAUCAUUAUAAGCCCAACAACAUACUGAGGCCAAACCAUAUGCACACUAUACUCAUUUAUACUAUUUUAUUUUCUAGCUGAAUCUCCUUUUCUGUAACCCUUUUAGUGUAGUUCUGAAGACUUGCUGAACCCACAAUUCUAUGUGAUGCUCCUUAUUAUAAUGUGUAAUGGGUCUAAAUCUAUCUUUCUAUCUGUCUGUGUUGAGGUGGCAACUCAACCUGUAUCCUUUGUAUUUUGACUAUUGUGAGGUAAAAGUAGUUGACUUAGCCCUCCUCCAGCGAAGGGAUUACACCACGGCCUACUCCACACGGCCUUCGCUCCUGUCUUUUACUGCAGAAUGUGGCUUUCGCUGCAAUCUGUAAUAAAAUAAGUCACUAAACGCAGGUUUAGCUACGUACUUGAGAUCCCAAUUGAAAGUGGCAAAGAAUGUAUGAAAGGGGUGGAACUGGGACAGAUGGAAAUAUUCCGAAAAAGAAAUAAAACUCCAAGCAAGACAAAAUGAAAAGACAUACUCGUAAAUAUGAGAUGCCUCUGCAGGAGGGCAAAGCCCUCUGCUAUUACAGUGCUUAAGGCUAGAGAGAUAGCCAUAGCAUGUUUGUCAUUCUGUCUUUCUUCUCUAUUAUAUACAUUCAAAAUAGUGUUGAUUAAUGUAUAUUCAGUAUAUUUACAGAGAUUCUUGUCUGCUUACAACAAUUUCCAAUUAUUUAUUCUUUUUUUUUUUUUCUUU